AUGUGGGCUGAAAAAGCCGCUAUUUAUAUGUGCGGUAAUCAAAUUUUUUUUUCACUGGGCAUUGUAUUGGGACCGAUAUUGUCCGCACCUUUUGUUAGUAAAAUUAAUUUGUUUACAACUAUACAACCAUUUGGUAACAAUAAUACUAACCAAACGUCACCAAUGAUGGCACAGACAAAUAUUGGCGUACCGUUUAUUAUAUUAGGCGCUAUACUAUUUUUGGCGGGUAGUUUACUUAUGGCUAUUUAUUUUUAUAGACCAUAUAUCUCUACAGUAUCACUAACAAACUCAGACAAAGUUAACGGACAGUUAUUUUCGUUUAAAUUUAAAUGUCCAAAUAAAUGGCAUAUGAUAUAUGUUACUUUAUUGGUAGCAAUAGUAGGCUCAUAUGUGGGUUUCAUGUUUAUGACACUGAAUCUGAUGCCGACUUAUCUGGAGUAUACACACCAUUAUAUGUCACCGGCCGGUGCCGAUCGUAUGGUCAACAUUAUGACAAUAACUAUAUUGAUUACGGCAAUCACCAAUGCUUUACUAUCGAUAAAGUUUGAUUCAAAAAUCUAUAUCUAUAUUAACUUUACGGCUUCAUUUGUGGCCAACAUUAUAUUAGUAUUCUAUGGUCAGUAUAAAUUGAAUACUUGGUCACUGUGGUUGGCCUUUAUUUUGAUGGGCAUCGGUGUAUCGACACUGUUUCCCAAUAUGAUGGCCUACGCCAAACAGCGUAUGGAUAUUAGAAACCAUACAGUCGGUUUAGUAGUUGCUUUUAUAGGCUUAUGUAGUGCCGUUUUUCCAGGUUUAAUUCUCAACAUUAUUGGUCCGGUUUUACACGAUUUGACCGAACAAUUCAAUACAACUACCGAUAAAAUAACGUUUAUAUUUAUGUGUUUUAAUUUUGGCUAUUUUGUUGGCGCAUUAAUAAAUGGAUUCAUAUUUAAUUAUUUAAACCGACACCUGUCCAUAGUAGCCAUACUCAUAGCACUGGCCGGUUUUGUGGCUGCUUUUCCCUAUAGUCCUACUCUUGUUAUUGUAUUUGUGAUGGCAUUCAUUGUUGGCUACGGAUGUGGAGGUCUGGACACUGGACUAGUCGUAUGGAUUAUUGAAAUGUGGUCGGACCAAGCGGGCACCUAUAUGGCCGGCUAUCAACUGUUCUACAUUGUUAGCGUAUUGAUAGGACCAUUGAUGGUUACACCGUUUGUCACCCGAUACGAGCCAAUAGUGGCCAACUUGACCGGCAAUGAUGAACCUGAGAGCUAUCGGCAAAUACACGGCAACAUUGGCAUACCGUUUAUCAUUGUCGGUGCACUGUUACUAUUGAUGGCUGUUAUAUUGUUAGCAAUACACAUUUACAGACGCUAUGUACCUCCACCAAAACAAACAUUAUCAAUAUCAACAUUAUCUUCAUCAGUAUCACAAUCAUUAGCACCGGGAGUAGAAUCGCCAGUAUCAACAUUAUCAUCAGCAUCACCAACAUUAUCAUCAGUAUUGCAAAAUAAACAAAAAUCACCAAUCACAGUCAAAAAAGUUAUUUACAUGACAUUAUUUGUAUUAUUCAUGGGUAUAAUUGUAGGUAUCGCCUACACGACAUUCAAUUUGUUGCCGACAUUCAUGGAGUACUCACAUCUAAAUAUGGCACCCGAAGAGGCGGACACCAUGCAAACCAUACUGUCCGUUACCAUGCUCAUAUAUGCCAUAGUCUAUACAUUGUUAUCAAUCAAAUACUGGUGCUACAUGAAAAAUUUGGUUUACAUCAAUUGGCUUAUGGUAUUAGUUGGCAACAUUGUACUCAUACUAUUCAUCUAUUACCAAUUGGGCACCUGGUCAAUUUGGUUGGGCUAUAUAUGUCUGGGUAUAGGCCAUUCUACACUCUACUGCAGUGCCAUAACGUUUGUCGAGUCUCAUAUCAAACUGAGCAAUAGAGUAACCGGACUGUGUGUAUGCGUUACUGGACUUUGUUCGGCAAUAUUCCCAGUAAUUUGCGGUCAAUUUAUCAAACGGGCACCUGUAGCACUGCCAUACAUGAAUAUGGUGCUUGGUACAAUUGGUUUGACUGCAUUUAUUUUACUACAUGUACUACUAUAUCGUAAAAACAUUUAUAACUUCAAAAGUGUACUUAUGUCCUAA